AAUAUGGACCCUUGGAUGUGUUGUCAAACAGACAUUACAAUUUCGGAAAAUAACAUUACAAAAUUUGAAUUUGAAGAUAAUUUCACGCCCUCAUUAAGUAACAAAUUACCCGAUUCUGAAGAAUAUCUCGCAUUAUUAGAAGAAAAACUAAGAAAAAUAAAAAACGACCCAAACAUUUUAACUCAAUUGGCAGCAAAGAGAGAGGCGUGUAUGGAGCAACUGCUUAACGGUGUUAAUGGUAACGGUAUUGAUCAUUUUGAUGAAGACAUUCUUGAUUUAGAUGAACCUACAGCCAAUUCUCAAGUACUUAGAGCCAUAGCCCCUCAAAGACAGGCUUUAAACCGAGGAAAGAUUGUAGAAUUCAUAAAGUACGACCAGCUAGAUAAUGAAGAGGGUGAUUCACCCAUAAACAGGAGUACAGACUCUAUUAACAACUAAUAGUUUUACAGGAAAACAUGAAACCUUUGCUGUUUCUUUUGAAACUAGCUUGGGACUGUAGGUAUCGUCUUCCACUUCUCAUAACAGUAGGUUUUAUGGUGUUAGAUGUCAGAAUGCAAUUAGAUAUCAAUGUUCAAACAAGAAGGAUGCCUAGACGUCCUCCUCCCCGAUUGAACGCAGUGCAGGAAAAUGAUUUAGGUGACAAUGAUAAUGCGUCAAAUGAAUCUUGGAGUACAGUUGAAGAAUUCGACGUCUCAGAUGUUGAACUAUAUUCAUAAUGCAAGACUGCUGUUAAAAGAAGUGAUUUAUUUUAUAUUUAGGUUUUAUUUAUCUAUAUAUAUACAUGCAGGUAUAAUAAUGUAACUUAUGCAAAAGUAUAGCAAAUAUUAUUUUACUAGAUUAUCGCUCCUACCCUAUGCACUUAUUUUACUAAAAAAUAUUUACAACUCUAUUUUUUUCAUAAUAUAUAAUAAGUAUAUUGUUACUACGAAAUUCAAUAUUAUGAUUUCAAUAAUGGUUCAUGAUUGGAUUUUGUGUUUGUAAUGACAUGUAUAUUUUAAAACUAUAUAUAAAAACAUUUCGUAUUGUAAUUUGGAAUGACUUUCAGCAUAGCCUCACUAAAACAACCUUAGAACAUAAAUAGCAGCAAUGCGAUUCUUGGUCCAUUCAGUUUGACUGGAGACAUGCCUUAAUUCGAAUAUUUUUGUCAGUCUAUGUUGAAAGAACCGAUAAAUACCUACUUUCCGUUUUAUAUUAAUAAAUAUAAAUUAACUACCUACU